AUGUCAGCCAUCGCAACAAAGAGCCUGAGUCCCACCUAUGCCGUAGUCGCCUGGCCAAGUGCAGAUCUCACACUGUCACUUGAAUAUUAUACCUACAUAGGGCAGGCCGCUCGAAUAUUCUAUCACUGGAUCAUGCCGCUAUUGCGAUUUUACAUUGCGCUGUGGCUCGCCGACACCUGGGUGUUCUUCGUUCAUCGAGCAGAACACAGCAAUCGCUGGCUGUACAAAACGUUUCACGCCCGUCACCACGAACUGUUCAUACCGUACAGCUGGGGUGGUAUCUACGAUCAUCCCAUCGAAAGUCUCUUCCUCAGCGUCGGGGCUUUCGCGAUCGCCAUUGGAGGCACUGGAAUGUCGCUCAGAGAGAGCAUGAUAUUCUCCGCCUUUUCUUCUGCAAAGGCUUGUACCGAUCAUAGCGGUUAUGCCAUCCCUUGGAACCCCAUCGACUUCUUCACAACCAUAGGGGCUCAGUAUCAUGACAAGCAUCACCAGCGGUGGGGCAUCAAGAAUAACUUUGCACUGCAUUUCCAAUUCUGGGAUCGGCUUAUGGGAACUGACAUGCGAGACGAUGAGGCCGUUGAGAUAUUGUACAUUCGCAACAAAGAGUCAGCAAAGGCUGCCAUGUUAAAGCGACAGACUUAG